AUGCCUUUCCCUGCUGAAGCCCCUACCACUAUCCCGUUGUCUUGGAAGCAAAAGCAGCGGGUGUGCGUCAACGCUGGCCUUCGCUGCAUGAAUGCGCCAAUGGUGUUGCUGUCUCUUUGCAGCAUGGUGUUUUCGCUCCCGCAUUUGAAGUGGGAUGAGCCUAUAGAUCACUUGGAGCUCUUCGCGGGGGUGUGCAGCAUCAGCCGCGGUGAGUGGGAGGAGAGACGUUCUGCGAUCGCCAUGGACUUGAAGUUUGGCGCAGAGCAGGACAUACUGUCAAACGUUGGCUUCUGCAACAUGGUUUACCAAGUGCUGAACUUGCGCCCGGGUGCUGCCAUGUGGGCAGCGCCAGUUUGUUCGACUUGGAUCUAUUUGAGCUUAGGAUGA